CUCGCACUGAGAAGAAAUCCAAGUCAACAGCAUCUUAUAGACGUCUUCCUCCACCAAGGCAGGUCUCAGAUCCUGCUGGCAGCAGCAGUGAAGAUGGCCGGCCUGAGAUGGAUGGCUGUGACGCUGGCCGUGUUCCUGUCUACUGGAAACAGUUUGGACGUGGGUCAGAACCAACUGGCAACAAUUGUACAAGAAGUUCUGGACAAGUAUACGAAACCCAACAAUGAUCAAAGAGAAUUACCCAUGUUCAGUCUGGCUGUAAGCAUCCCAAAGAGCGGGGACUCUUAUGAUGUCGCAGCAGGCCCUGACAAUGGUGUGGCAGUGAAGAAUGCUAUGUUGAAAUGUGAGGUUUACACUGGCACGAAGGUGGUAGGAGCCACACUUCUGAGACUGUCAGACAUUUUCACUCGGUGUAAAGAUGGACGUGUGCAAAGGCAAGAUGUUCUGCAACGAUGCCCUGAAAGGGUUGUGACAUGGCUUGAUGUUAAGAAAAAGUGCAGGGAUAAAGUUGGUAAUAUAGAUGAUCAUGCAGAGUACCGCACCCUGCAGGCACUCAGAACUGGACCAUCCAGUAAUUUUAAUGAUUUGAUGCUUUUCUAUGUUUAUGCCGCUCCAUGUCAUCUAAGAUGUACUCAACCAGGUGACGGGGGUAUUCUCAAUAGCAUAAAAAAGAUUAAAAAGUGGGGUAAUUAUGCUGUGGUGUUUAAAAAGCUUUUCAACCCCAGCGAUGGUACCGUUGUAUCGCAGUCGUUCCGAGAACAAUCUCUUCUUAACCUUGCUUCCUUGGGCAAAAUCGAUCUUAAGAACAUUUUCCGUUGUGACUACAUAAGCGGUCGGAUGCAAUGUGUCAGCUGCUCCACUGAUGGUGGAGUUACACCCUAUUGUGUUUCAGAUGAUACACAAACUGGUUUCCAGCCUCAACAAGGCAGUGGUAGUUUCAGAGGCGGUGGCCCUGGAGUGGCCAGUGGCAGCGGAGGGGCCAUGAACAGACAAGGCAGUGGUAGUUUCAGAGGCGGUGGCCCUGGAGUGGCCAGUGGCAGCGGAGGGGCCAUGAACAGACAAGGCAGUGGUAGUUUCAGAGGCGGUGGCCCUGGAGUGGCCAGUGGCAGCGGAGGGGCCAUGAACAGACAAGGCAGUGGUAGUUUCAGAGGCGGUGGCCCUGGAGUGGCCAGUGGCCGAGGAGGGGCCAUGAACAGACAAGGCGGUGGUAGUUUCAGAGGCGGUGGCCCUGGAGUGGCCAGUGGCCGAGGAGGGGCCAUGAACAGACAAGGCAGUGGUAGUUUCAGAGGCAGCAGCCAAAGAAGCCAGCGGGGCGCAGCAGGCGGAGGCAACCAUUAAUGAGUUAGCAGGGGCAGAGGAGGUAGGGGUUGUGGAGGACUGCACAGGAUGAAUGUGACAGAAGUUUAAUUUGUGCAUUUCCCUAUAAUUGGUUUUCAAACGCUUGCAGCUUAUAUGACAUAAACUGCCACAACUCUAGAGAAAAACAUUUACACAUUUACUGUUCUCGAUGCAUUUGGGAAAAAAUGCAAUUUGCUUUAGAUUUAAGAGUCUGUCAAAUGAAUGCAACACAUAUGACCGACAGACCUUCACAAUAAAGGCGACCAGCUGCAUGAUAGAUUUAAACGACCAGUUGUCUUGAGUCUGACUCUGGCCUGGAAAUGCACAGUUUAUCCUUGUAUCCUCGCUCAGUGUGCUGAUGUACUUAGAUUGAGGUAUGCUCCUGAAAUCAGUCUAGCCUACAGGCCACUUAUCUCGUCAGCUUUUGUUGUUUUAUUUAAAUCUUCGCCUGCAUCUAUGAGACUGUUUUCAGAUAAUAUUCACAAAAAAAUAUAAAUUAAUAGCAUGAAUUGGUUGGGAACAACUUUGUCAAUAGUCCUCUAAUGUGUGAUUAAAUAUAAAAUACAUUGAAUAGUUUGUUUUAACUAAAAUAAAGAGGUUUGAUGUGAAUUAUACAAUAAAUAUCAUACACUGUCCUUCUGUAAAGAAAAGUCUCUGUUCUUUCUAAAUUAAAGCUUGGCUCAGCAUCCAC